CGUCACUGCCUUGAAAAGCAAUUCAAUUUGAAAGAAAUAAAAAAAAUUAUAAACAAAUAAUAUAAAAUACCAGUCGCCGACGUUUUCAUUAAAACGAAAAUUUUAAGGAAGAUACCAACGUACAACUGAAAUGGGCUGGAAAAAGGUUGUUGGUACUAAAGACUUCAAUAGAGCAAGUGUGAUACUGUUGGCAACGGAAUUCUUUGGCACGCUUGCCAUCGUCUUUACCAGCAUUCUUACAAUGGCACAACAAUAUGUUGACCAGGAGGAAGUGCAGCGAGCAAUAGAUAACACUUCCAGUGGCGCCUCAAUGGAACAAAUUUCGCUCGGCUUAGGCUUAGUGUUUGCCGCUGUGGGCCAGGCGUUGGGCCGGCGUAGUGUUUGUCAUUUCAAUCCCGCUGUAACUUUGGGAUACUGCGUUGUCGGUGAACUGAGCUUAAUUAUGAGUUUCCUAUUCAUGGUUGUGCAAUGCAUAGCUUCCGCUAUUGGAGUCUAUGUGGCGCUAGUUCUACUACCGGAAAAAUUGGCAAAUAAGCACUUGGGUGUACCAAAGCAUCCUCAUGUCUCGGUGUUGGGCACGAUUGUUAUUGAAAUGCUGUUGACCUUUAUCUGGGUCUUUCUGGCACGCAGUGCUGAAAGUCACAAAAUGAUGGGCUUACGAGAUACCGCACCACUGGCCGUUGGUGCCACAAUUAUAGCGGCUUACUUAGCUGCUUAUCGGUUGACCGGCGGCAGCAUGAAUCCAGCCCGCUCUUUUGGCCCAGCUCUGGUGUACAUGGAUUGGAAGGAUCAUUGGAUUUAUUGGUUGGCUCCAUUUGCUGGUGGUGUACUGGGAGCUUUGACUUAUGAAUUCUUUUUUAAGAUUGGACCGCAUAAAGAACAUGAAGAAGCGGAAGAAAUCGCGGACUAAGCUUUGCCUGGAGAGAAAAGUUGAAUCAUCUGUUAAUUGGAUUGGAUUGAAGAAAAUUAUAUAACCAUGUACUAAUGCAGUUUUUGAGCUAUCAAUUUUUAAACUGUACUUUCUUAUGUUGGCUAAGUUUUUAUUUUGUAUUUUGUAUUUGGCAAUGCUUCUUAAUCUUUAUCUUAACCUUUUUCGGUGUUUUCGAAACAUGUACCUUCGGUGACUUCUAUACAGAUAGAGGAUUGCUCAAAUGUAUACUUUGGCCGCUAGAUGUCCUAAAAAGUUGCAAAACACCUAUUUUUCGAGAAAAUCGCCACUUCUACUCUCUGGACGAUUGCCACGAACCUGGUGGGGGUAGGUGGGAGGUUGAUGGUUUUCCUGAAAGCCCCAAGUGUCCUCCAGGUG